CAAUAACAACAACAACAACAGCAAAGGAAAUGGAAAUAAUAAUAAAAAAGAUGCCAAAAAAUUACGUAAAAUUCAUUCGACCAGUAUGAUUUCAUUGUUGGCCAUCAAUAAUAAUAAUAAUUUAGUUCCAAAUAGUGGCCGUACAAAAGUGAAAAUCAGCUAUGAUAGCCAAGAUAGUUUCAAUACCAGUUCAGAUACCAGUUCUGAUCCAAAUUCACUUUGUUCAUCAUCAUCCAGUUCAGUGGACAAUAAUAAUAUGAUAAGCCGGCGAAGAAUUUUAUCCCGUUCACGUGAUGCAUUGAAUAAUAGCAGCACAACAACAACAUCGGAUGAUUAUACAAGUUUCACUCAACAACAACAACAAGAUGAAGAUGUUUGGUACAAUAAAACCAAACUUAUAUCGGAUCAUGUCGAUGAAAUCAUUACGAAAUGGGAUCAAAUCGAUGAUGAAAUAUGGGCCAAAGUUAUCUGUAUGGAACGUAAUCGUCGUGUGGCUAAAGCAUAUGCACGUACACCAAUAUUGACCAUUAAUGGUUUUAACAUUGGAUUCGAUGGUCAUCGUAUUGGUUUGAAUGGUUUCAAAAAUCCAAUGCGUGAUAGAAAAUGUUUUGAAAUUAAAAAUCAAAUUAAUGAUGGUAUUAAAAUACGUAUGGAUGAAAAUGGUAAUCUUUUGGUGAAACGUAUAACCGAUGCUGAUGUGUUUUUGAUUCAUUUCGAUAAAAUGGAUAAUAUGAUUAUUGAAAAAAUUGAACAACGAAAAUCGAUACAAUUGUUUGAUAUGAAACAAUAUCAUAAUGAUCUAUUGAAUGAAUUUCGAUUAUCAACACCAAAUACACGUCUGUUAGAACAGAAAUGUUUCUGUUUCAUAUCGUUUGUAUCGAUCAAUACGGAUGAAUUGUUGCUAAAUACACCUGUAUGGUGUAUAUUGAUAAAUCUGGUUGCAUUGGAAAUGUUGAUGAAAUUAUUACCACCAUCAUCAUCAUCAUCAAUCAACAGAAUUGCUGAAGAUAAUUUCUAUUCAUUACCAAUAACAAUUUCAUCGUCAUCGAAAUUCCAAAAUGGCCAUUAUCAUUUUCAUUAUAAUAAUAAUAAUAAUCACCAUCAAUCAAAUUCAUUAUUACCACCAAAGCUACCACCACGUGAUUUAAAUAAUAAAAAUCCACCAUUAACAUUACCGGAACCGGAUUAUGAAGAUGAUAAUAAUAAUAAUAAUAAUAAUGUGAUAAUGAUAAAACAACAACAACAACAACAGCAGAGACCUCUUUCGUCAAAUCUAGAUGAUGAUCCAUAUUUUUAUGGAUUAAGUGCACAUGUACCAAAAUUUUAUAAUAAUAAUCAACAACAACAACAACAUUCAAAUCAACGUUAUCCGAUGAUGCCACGUACAAAUCAACCACCAAUUGUUCGUAAAGCAAUGAUUGCAAAAAAAUUAUGGAACAAUCAACAACCAUCAUCAUCAUCAUCAUCAUUGAAUAUGAAUUCAUUCUAUCCGAAUCAUAAUGAUGUUUUUCGUUCAACAAUAUUUGAUCCAAUUACAAUGAUACCGCCACCACCACCGCCACCAUCGAUGAUUCCUGCACAAAUGAAUAAUCAUGGUCGUGGUUCCAUCAAUAACAACAACAUCGAUAAUGCCAUCAAUGAUAAUAAUGAAAUUUAUGGCAUAAAUCCGUCAUUAUUACGGAAGAAUACAAAAUUUCAUCCAAGAACUAGUUCAUCACCAUCAUCGUCAUCAUUGAGGAAUAUAUUUUCACGAAAAAAUAAAUCCAGUGGUAAAGAUCAAAAUAAUAAUCCACGUAAACAUUAACACAUAACACAGUGCUGCUGUUCAGAAAUUGAAUUUUUUUUUUAGAAUUUUGAUAAUUUUCGCUCAUUUUCAAUAUGUUAGAUUUU